CUCGCCGCAGAAACUCCCCCUCGACCAAAUUUCCCCACUCCUCUCGAACCCUCGCCGCCCGAUCCGCCGCACCAAAUCCUAAGGAAGCAGCAUCAGUUUUGCUGCAAUAUUACAAAGUGGAGGGUUUAAAGAUUGAAGCUUCUUUUAUGUCUGAACAAGACUUGCUUUACUUGGGAUCAGUUGGAUUACUUGGAGAAUAUUCUCGGACAACGAGAAAAAGGCACAAGCUCUCGCUUGGAAGGCCCUGCUGCAUGCAUCUGAAGCCUUGUCAUUUUAUGCAAGCUUUUGGCAGCUCUCAGAGGACACUGGUUUCUGCUGAUUCACUUCAAGGAUACAAGGCUACUGUUGCUUCUGGCUCUUGGUGCUUCUGAUAUCAUCUCAGCAGAAGAAAAUUAAUCGAAGAUGGCUCUGCAAAACAUUGGCGCCUCAAACCGCGAUGAUGCCUUCUAUAGGUAUAAGAUGCCCAGGAUGAUCACCAAAAUAGAAGGUCGUGGCAAUGGCAUCAAAACUAAUAUCGUGAACAUGGUGGAUAUAGCAAAAGCCCUAGCCAGGCCUGCUUCCUACACGACAAAAUACUUUGGAUGUGAGCUCGGUGCACAGUCUAAAUUUGAUGAGAAGACUGGAAUUUCUUUGGUUAAUGGGGCACAUGAUACUGCUAAGCUGGCUGGUCUCCUUGAGAACUUCAUCAAGAAGUAUGUCCAAUGCUAUGGAUGUGGUAACCCUGAGACCGAGGUCCUCAUCUCCAAGACCCAGAUGAUUUCACUGAAGUGUGCUGCCUGUGGUUUUGUCUCAGAUGUUGAUAUGAGGGACAAGCUUACAACCUUCAUACUGAAGAACCCACCUGAACAGAAGAAGGGUGGUGGGAAAGACAAGAAGGCAAUGAGGAGAGCUGAGAAGGAGCGCCUCAAGGAAGGGGAAGCUGCUGAUGAGGAGAUGAAGAAGCUAAAGAAGGAAGCAAAGAAGAAAGUCACAUCCAAAGAAAGUACUUCCACCAAAAGCGGUGCUGGGAAGAAGAAGGCUGCUGCUGGCUCUGAUGAGGAUCAUUCAAAUUCACCAACUCGCAGCCAUGAUGGUGAUGUUGCUGCAGAUGAGGAUGAUGAUGACGAUGUCCAGUGGCAGACUGACACUUCACUGGAGGCUGCAAAACAGCGCAUGCAGGAACAACUGAGCGCUGCAACUGCUGAGAUGGUAAUGCUGUCCACUACUGAUGAACCUGAGAAGAAGAAGAAGCAAGAGGCCUCACACAAGGAAGGUGCCUCGAACGGAAGUACAGAACAUGUGGUUGAAGAGGCUAAGAGCAGUCCUUACAAUGAUCUGGUUGAAGAGUUGAAGGAUUACUUUGCCAAGGGCGCCACUGCUGCUCAGCUCAAGGGUCUGAUGACUUCCUCAGCUCUACCGCCCCAGGAUGCUAUGAAUGCUCUCUUUGAUGCCCUCUUUGGUGGCCUUGGCAAGGGAUUCGCCAAGGAGGUUGUGAAGAAGAAGAAAUUCCUCGCUGCUGCUGUGCCUGAUGAAGCCUCCCAGAUGGUCCUGCUGCUAGCCCUGGUGGCCUUCGGUGCCAAGGCUAGCCCCGAAGCUGUGAAGGAGGUGCCGAUUGUUCUCAAGGCCCUCUAUGAUGGGGAUGUGCUGGAUGAAGAAGUGAUAACUCAGUGGUUCAACGAAUCUGUUGCUGGUGGCAAGGAGUCCCAGGUCGUGAAGAAUGCCAAGCCGUUCGUGGAAUGGCUCCAGCAGGCGGAUUCCGAAUCCGACGAAGAGUGAUGCGUCCAAUCUCCCCCAGUCAUCUCCAUUUCGCAUUUUCGCCUAUAGUUGUCUUUUUCGUCAUGUGUUUCCAGUUCGUGCGUGGCUUUUCUUACAAGUGAGUUUGUUCGUGUGUGGUUUCUUAUGAGUCAUGUUCCAAUAAACCCAGGCUGUCCUCUGGGACCCGGACCAUGUGGUGUCAUAUAUCUCGUUGGGGAUAUUUGUUUACCAAACUUAAUACUGGAUGCAAACGUGCUUGAUAUGAUGCAAGAUGGUUGUUUUCGUC